AUGGAUCCCCACCAAUCGCCACAGCCACUCUCAGACUCUAGGCUGUGGGGAACAACUGAUACACCAGAGAACAGCUGGAUUCCAGAUGAUAUAACAAAAGACUGGAAUGCUUUGAAUGACUUCUAUUUUUGCUCAUCGGAGCCCACCUCGUCGGAAUGGCCGUGGAUCGGCCAUGCCGCACAACCUCACGAGACAUUCGACCAAGCAGCUCCCCAGGCCCCAGAUCUUGCAGCCUCAGAUAUCCAAAGCGAACCAUUUAACAAUGUUACAGCCGAGAGCUUAGCGAAAGUGUAUCAGCCGCAACCCCAAAAUCUCGCAAAUGUUCCACAGUGGCUUGACGGUGCAUAUCGUCCCCCAGUCUCAUGCCGCUAUUGCCGCAAGUAUCGACUCCAGUGUUUGAUACUUCGCACUACAUCAGCAAACCCAAACCCCGUCUCAGCUUGCUCCAGCUGCGUGGCGCUUUUUCGAGAAUGCAGUCUCGCAAAGGGAGAGAAGCGACUGCCUUCAGGAUUUGAGACAUUCGCCCCGGUAUUAGGCCAUUUACACGGGCUUCCGGAGCAUCCCGACGAUAGCGCACCGGUUCUUCCCAGCGUGGAGAACAUAGAAGAGCAAAGAGAAUCCAAACAAUUCGUGCGGAAGGGAGCCAGGGUUUUACGAGAGUGGUUCUAUCAAAACCAAGAACGUCCAUAUCCUACCGAAGAACAGAAAAUUCAAUUUUCACGCGAGACUGGAUUUUCAGAGAAAAGGGUAGCGACCUGGUUUGCAAAUGCCCGUCGUCGCCAGAAGCAAAAGAUGCAGUCAUCGAAUCUAGCAGCAAACACUCGCACUCGUGCAGGGUCCCCACUGAUUACGAAUACGCUCAUUUCGCUCACCCCUAUGGAGCGGUGGAAAGCAUCGCCACCAGAAGAUGAAGCGGUUCCAGAAUCUGUGAUACAGGACGCGAUCGCAUCUACGUCCUUGGAUAUGUCGAUGGACCCUUUUCAGUUCGAUGGAUCUGCCAUGGAUCUUUUUAACUUUGACGAAUCAUCAUCUCACCUCCCCUCUUCGGCCUCCAGCUUUGGGAGCUGGGUAUCAGAGACCUCAGAUAGUGUCUCGUCAGCCUGGAGUCAACAAUCUGGAGAAGGAAGUCUGCCGUUCCCAAUGCUACCAAAGCCGUCGCGCUCUCGCCGGCGAGAUCAUUCAAAAGAGCAUCAAUACCAGUGCACUUUUUGUAUGCGGUCAUUUAAGAAGAGACAUGACUGGGCUCGGCAUGAGAAGAGCGUCCAUUUUUCACUUGAGAUCUGGAUCUGCACCCCUAGCCUAGACGAGCUUCAACAAGCUUGGCAAACCCAAGGUGUCGGAUGCAACUUCUGUGACGUGUUGUGUCCUGGUCCAGCUCAUUUAGAAGAACACGAAUUUCACAUCUGUGCUACAAAGCCCAUGGUUGACCGGUCUUUCACGCGCAAGGACUAUUUAUGGCAGCAUCUCCGCAAGUUUCAUGGUUGUUCGAAGAACCCUGUUCCUGAUCUAGAAGCAUGGAGAGCGACCGGCGCCGAGGUUCAAAGCCGAUGUGGGUUCUGCGGCCAAUCAUUCUCAACGUGGACUGCCCGGGCAGAACACCUGGCAGACCAUUUCAAGAAUGGGGUACGGAUGAACCAAUGGGUUGGCGACUGGGGACUGAGUCCAACUGCGAUGGAUGUUCUUCGCAAGGCUACAUUGCCAAAUCAGCGGUCUUUGGCCGCUUGA